GUCCAUUCUUAUCGACAUUCCAUCUUCUUGUCUUGAGCGGAAAAGGAGUGUAUUUUCUUCAGUGAAAAUGAGUAAAGCAGCCAUUGUUUUACUCUAUUUUUGUUUCCUAUCCAUCCUUUGUGAAGCCAAAUGGAUCAGAGAAAAGCCUCAAGCUUUUGAGUCCUUCAAUGUCAGCUAUAUACAGAAUUUGGGGAGCUGUUCAUACUCGGUGGUUUUUACAACGAGCCGUUCAUCAACCGUUUACACUCGAGAUCAAAUCGGUAUCGCUUUUGGUGAUGCCUAUGGUAAUCAGAUAUAUGCUCCGAGGUUGGAUGAACCGUCAUCUAGGGCGUUUGACCGAUGUUCUUCGGAUACCUUUGAGAUUAAAGGACCGUGUGCGUAUCAAAUCUGCUAUGUCUAUCUCUAUAGAACCGGACCAGAUGGUUGGAAGCCGGGGACAGUGAAGAUUUAUGGUUACAACUCGAAGGCUGUUACUUUUUACUACAACACCUUCAUUCCAGGUGACAUUUGGUAUGGAUUUAAUUAUCACAACAGUGCAUCCUCUUCAUCUCGAUGAAUCAGCCAGAUGCCGCUCUCACUCAUGAUUCUCUCGUUUGUUUUCUAUCCACUUGCGUAACCACCGGUUUGUCGAAGUCCAAUUAUGCCUAUAACCGGAAAAUUUUGUGGAAUGUGAUAUGAACUACGUAGCAUAUGCCGGUGUUAAC